AUGAACUUGAAGCAACUGCCAUUGGAAUGCCUAGCAUGGAAGCCGCCAAUCACUAAAGACAAACACCUUGAAGAAUUGGUGACUGCUAGACUGGGAUGGGGUCAUGGAUAUAACGAUUGCCCUGAGCCACCAUUGGUCACUGAGGAUGCUAGAAUUAAUCAUGAGAUGCCUAUGGAUGAUACAGAUGUCCAAGACAUCCCCAAAUCCAUUGAAGUGAGCUCAGAAGACACUUGGUCAGAUGCCAUCUCCUUCCUGAGAGUGCAGGGGAAGAAGGAAAGAACAACCAUCACAAGAACAGGAGUGAGUAAAGAACUCCCCUCAAUCUCGGGUGGUCCCAACGCUCAGAAGAUGAUAGAAGUACUCAGAUAUGACUCCGAUAUUGCCAAGAUAAGGGGGGUAGUCGACCAAAUUCGCCCACAAUUUGGUGUACUUGAUCAAAUGAUUGAGGGGCUGAACCUCCAUGUGGCUGAUCAAGCUAAGUUCAUCCAAUGCCAGUGUACGGAGGAACAAACUCGUGUAGAAGAGAAAUACUUAGCCGAGAUUAAAGAGCUAAAGAAUGCUCUCCAUUCCAAGGAAGUUGAGGCCCAUACAGCUUGCCAAAUACUCGGCGCCUGUAUCUCCGAGCUGGAGUCUGAUGUAAAGCGCAUUGUCAGAAAAUGGGAUGUCAUCAUAGAGCGGGAGUCCAAGACGUAUUGA